AUUUUAAAUGAGAAGCAUUUGCAUGCAACAUAACAUACAUACAAGAACAUAUUUAUGUAGUGAUUGUUGUACAUUGAUAAGAAAAAUAAUUAUUAAUCAUAAUUGUUAUAAUUAUUAGAUUAUAACUUAUAAGUUAGAACAAUCUAAAAAGAAUUUUGUUCAAUAUUUUGGUGAAAUUUAGAGAAAAAUUUCUGUUUGAAAUUAUCUAAAUAAAUAGAAAAAGCUAGAUCUGCCAAAGCCAACAAGUCUGUUACAUAAUUAUUAUUGAUUGGUCUUAAAUUCGUGUGAUUCAGUGUCACUUUGUGGGGAAUUAGUGAAAAAAAGCAAAGAAUAAAAAAUGUCUUCAGAGUUGUCCCCACCAUAUGCUCCAUUCUUUGGGGCCAUAGGUGCAGCCUCUGCUAUUGUGUUCAGCUCUCUGGGUGCGGCCUACGGUACGGCCAAGUCGGGGACUGGCAUAGCAGCCAUGGCCGUCAUGAGACCCGAGUUGAUCAUGAAAUCCAUCAUCCCUGUUGUCAUGGCAGGUAUUAUUGCCAUAUAUGGGCUUGUAGUGGCUGCCCUAAUUGCUAACGACAUCAAGUCCGGAUACACUUUGUUCAAAGCGUUCCUGCAUCUGGGGGCAGGAUUGAGUGUGGGGCUUUCAGGAUUGGCCGCGGGGUUCGCCAUUGGGGUCGUCGGAGAUUCAGGUGUUCGAGGAACCGCUCAGCAACCUAGGCUUUUCGUCGGAAUGAUCCUAAUCCUGAUCUUUGCUGAAGUUCUUGGUCUAUACGGACUCAUCGUGGCCCUAAUCCUCUCAACUAAGAGUGUAAAUUAGAGUAAUUAAUAAUAAUAAUAAUAAUAAUAGUAAUAAUAAUGAAAUAAUAAAUUAUUUAUUAUUACAAUAUUUUUCUAUUUAUUUAAUUUAUUAAUUAAAUUAUAUUACGUACGCUAACUCUUAAGAAUAAUUGAUUUGUAAUCUGGUGGGAUUUGAGUUAAACAAAAAAAAACUAGACGUUAUACUGGUGAUUAUGUGUAUUUUUUUGGUUAAACUUUAUAAUAAUAUUAAUUAUAUAAUGAAAAUCAUUAUUGUCGUUAAAUUUGGUUGUAUAUAUAUAUAUAUAUAUAUGUAUAUGUGUAUAUAUUAGUAGCUGCAAAUUUGUCAUAGAUGCGUUUAGUUUCAUUUUUCAUUCCAGAGAAUAGUGUUUCAUUCAUUCAAUCAUUCACUCCCUCGCUCUCUCAUUCCUUUAUUUAUUUAUUCAUUCGUUCGUUCAUUCCUACACUCUUUCAUUCCCUAUUAUCCUCAUUCGUUAAUUGAUUCAGAUAUUUCUUUUUCUUGCAGUUUCACUCAUACGUUUAUCACACCACACUCAAUCUUUAUGGUUAUUAUUAUUAUGUUGUUGACUAUUAUGAUUAUUAUUAUUAUCAUUAAGAUUAUUAUUCUUAUUACAUUUUCAAUAAAAUUUUUCCAAAAAAAUUAAAAUUUCUGAUUAGUUAGAUACGUUUGUUGUUGUUGUUGUCUUAUAAUAAUGAGGAUAGUAAUAAUAAUUAUUAUUUAUUAUUAAAUUAUUUUAUUCAUAAUUUUUAAUUAUCACCAGCUGGUAUAUAGAUGUCUUCAUAUAAUGAUUUGAAUACGUCAACGAAAAUAAGUUUAUGACUACAUGAAUAUGCAUUUAUUCAUUCAUUCGCACUUUCAUAUAUUCAUCCAUAUUUCAUUCACACACUCGCUCCUUCUUUCAUUCGUUUUCAUAUUAAAUUAAUCUAUCUAUCUAUCUAUCUAUCUAUCUAUCUAUCUAUCUAUCUAUCUAUCUAUCUAUCUAUCUAUCUAUCUAUCUAUCUAUCUAUCUAUCUAUCUAUCUAACUAUCUAUCUAUCUAUCUAUCUCUAACAAAUCUAAGUGCAUAAGAAUAUAAGUAUACUUACACAGACACAUAAAUGCGCACACACACACAUAUAUAUAUAUAUAUAUAUAUAAAUUACUAUAUUAUUAUCACUGUUAUUACUGAUAUUAUUAUCAUUAUUAUUAUUGCUAUUUCAAAAUUAUAGACUAGCGAGUUUUCAUAGUAAAUUCAAAAC